GUUGAAUCCUGCAGCAGCUAAGAGCUUCUGCAGGAUCUCCCUCUCAACUUGGACCAACCCACCUGCCUAUCCCAGCCCAGAUCAAUGAGAUCUGCUGCCCAGGCCCCUACGCAGAUAACCAUAUUUGUAACUGAUCUUUCUGAGGGCACCUCCUGAGCAGCUUGGAAACGGAGGGAGAGGAGAGGAAGCCAGCUUCUCAAAGUGGGGUGUGGCAGGUGGCCUUAACCCUGCUGAAGGGCUGCAGUCAUGGGGCUCUGAAUAGAUCCCCACACCACUCACCAAUGAGCUUCAUUUGGAAGGCGGUAACGUUAAACAAGAGGGUUUGUAAAAAAUGAAGGCCUACACAGAUAAUUUAUUCUGAUUAUUAAAUCUAGGUGGAGAGUACGUGGGUAUUCAUGUUACUCUCUCAACUUUCUUGUGCUUAAAAAUCUUAAAAUAAAAACUUUAAAACGCUCUGUCCUACCAAUAUUUAUAGGAACCUGACUAGCAGCCAGGCUUUGGACACGCAAUCCCCGGCCACCAAAGGGCUGACAGGCUAGUGAAAGGGGCAGAAAAAUAACAAAACUGUGUCUGGAAGGCAGCUACUCCCUUUUUUUGUUUGUUUGUUUUUUGAGACGCAGUCUCACUCUGUCGCCCAUGCUGGAGUGCAGUGGCGCGAUCUUAGCUCACUACAUGUGCCUCCGGGGUUCAGGCGAUUCUCCUGCCUCAGCCUCCUGAGUAGCUGGGACUACAGGCGCGCGCCACCACGCCCGACCAAUUUUUGUAUUUUUUAGUAGAGACAGGGUUUCACCAUAUUGGUCAGGCUGGUCUCGAACUCCUGACCUCGCGAUCCGCCCACCUCGGCCUCCCAAAGUGGUGGGAUUACAGGCGUGAGCCACCGCGCCCGGCCCUUUGUUUUCUUACCAACUAAGCAGCAGCACUGACACUGUUUCCUUUGAGGUUCCGUUUGCUGAAUCCUGCCCUCUAAGGUGCUCCGCCCUUCCCCUCCCCGCCCCGUGCUGCUGUCAUUCCCACGCCUCACCCUGUUUUGCAACUUCUUGUUUAUGAGCCUGGAAGCCACGAAGUGGUGGGAAAUACGAGAUUCAAAUAUCUGGUGGCCGUGUGACGUGAAUAAAUUACUCGAUUUUUCUCAGUUUCCAUUUCCUAUCAAAUGGGUUGUUCUGGGAAUUCGGGGAAGUAACAGUGCCGGGAACCGCGGGAGGAACCGCCAGCUGCGUCCUCCGACGUCCCCAGAGCCCAGGGCGGCGACUGGCACGACUGUCAGGGGCGCGUCUGUUAAGAGGACAGGGGGUCCCGCCCCGGCACAGCUGUCUCCUACAGGACCCCUCCCGCCGACGCCCCGCGGACCCCACGCCCGAGCGGAGGCCGGCGCCACUCCGGGGUCUCCGGACCGGCAGCCCCUCCCUGGCCUGGCGCCCCAAAGGGAAGCGGCCUGGGAGAGGAGACGUGUGGAAAGAGCGGCAGAGAACAAAGAGGAAGUAGCGGUAGAGAAUAAAAGGAACUGUCCGCAGUGUGCCCGGACGCGGGGAGGCGCUGGGGUCAAGCGAGACCCGACCUGCACGCAGUUCCCGCCGGGGUCCCGGCCUGCCUGCGGGAGGGAAAGGACCCAGGGGGGCUUCUGCCAAAAGUGCGUCUUCUGCCGAGGGGCCCACAUAAGGCGCGACAGACACUCCAGCCCGACCCCGACGCCCUGCCCUCAGGCAUGCACAUGCGCGGAACACUCCCAGAAACACAUCUCCCAGAGCGCCCCGGGAGCACGCGAGCCAAUUGGAGGGCGGAUUAGCGAGGGCCCACGUCUCCCAGAGGUCUCCGAGUCGCGGCUCUGUUGGUCUGAUUGGCAGCCGCAACAGCCUAUAGCUGCUUUUCGCCGGAGGGGCCACGCGCCGUUUGCCGGGACUGAGCCGCUGUUGUCGCUGGUAUCCCGGGAGCAGCGCCGGCAAGUGGAGUCGUCGUAUUCCGGGCGGCCCGCGGCCCACGGGGAUGGGACGUCCCGGGGCUGUGCUGACCCCAAAACCCUUCCACCCUUUAUUAGCCUGUCGCCCUUCUUUCAUGUUUACAGCAAAUAUUUUCCGAGUGCCUAAUGUGUCCCACUUACUGUGCCACGUGCGAGGGUGCACGUGUCAGGCAAGAUCGCUGUUCCAAGGAGGCUGAGAACAAGUAAAUGGUAAUUACCAGUUAUGACCAAAGCUGUGAAAGGAACAGAUACAUCAGCCUAACAGCAGCACUGCCGUUUUCUCCCUUAUAAUCAGCAGAGGCGGGCUACAGCAAGGAUUCUCAAACUCUGCCCCCUCAGAACCCUAGAGUACGGUUGCUGAAACUUCUGUUUUUUCCUUUUGAACAAAUCUAGUAACAUGCUGUGAGCCAGAGAGGUAAUGGUUUGGCUCAAAGAAGGCACAUGCAUCUGGUUUCUUUCUUUUUUUUUGAGACGGAGUCUCGCUCUGUCGUCCAGGCUGGAGUGCAGUGGCGCCAUCUCCGCUCACUGCAAGCUCCGCCUCGCGAGUUCACGCCAGUCUCCUGCCUCAGCCUCCCGAGUAGCUGGGACUACAGGCGCCCGCUACCACGCCCGGCUAAUUUUCACGCCCGGCUAAUUUUUUGUAUUUUUAGUAGAGACGGGGUUUCACCAUGUUAGCCAGGAUGGUCUCGCUCUCCUGACCUCGUGAUCCGCCCGCCUCGGCCUUCCAAAGUGCUGGGAUUACAGGCGUGAGCCACCGCGCCCGGCCCAGGUUUCUUAUUUCAGGAGCUUCAUAGGCAUAGACCUCCCUCCUACCCCCUCCCCCCUCUCCCAACUAAUGCCAGACCGGCCACUACUUUUUAACUGUUUUACAUAUUUAACCUUCAAGAAAGAUUUCCUUUGAUCCAAGUGUAUUGCAGCCCACAAAAAAGCUUGGAAACCCAGCUAGAUGGUCUGUUUUUCUAGUCCCUACAUUGGAUUUAAGUCCUACCCAUCGAGACUACUGUCUUCAGAGGGCAUCUUCAUGUAUGGGCACCAGGGCUGCGGCUGGAACCACAGUGGACACCCCACGCUCCAAGGACAAUCCUCUGCAGAAACCAGCAGCUGGAAAUAAUUCUUAAUGCUGCAGGAAGUAGUUAGGAGAAAACGACUGUGUAAGUCAGAGCUAAAACUGGAGUUCAAAAACCACAGAAAAUAUUUCCAAGGCUGUCUGUGAAGUGGGGAUGUCAAAAUACCAAAAAUUACAGCUUUGGAACUGCAGUGGAUGACCUUUAAUUGAUGCAGUUUAUAGGUGCUAAGUAUUGUGUGUGCUUUACGUUGCCUCAUGUGAGUGCUUGAUAGCAGGGUGUGACGCUGGCCAAGUGAUAUACCUACCCUCUUUGUCCCUGUUUCUAUCAACUGUAAAAUGGGGGUUCUAGAGUUGUUGUGAAGAUUAAAUGAGCUAAUACACAUAAAGCACCAAGAACAAUGCU